CGAGUUUCCGCAGCGAGCGGAGCCCGCUCCGCCGGCCGCGGCUUUGCGAAACUUGCCCAGCAGGGCGCGAGCGGGACGGAGCCGUUGGGGCGCCCCGGCGAGGGCAGCGGGGCCGGCGGCGGGGGCUUUGGUGCGCUUGGGCUCCCCGCGACCCCGCUGGGGACAUUCAUGACGAGCUCUGCGAGAAGAGGAGACGUGUGCCCCAGCUUCGGCACCUGCGAGAGCCCGACCAAGGGGGUACCCCCAGCCCUGCACCCGCCGGAGGACCUCUUCCUCAGGCUUCGGCGGUGGUGAGCCCAUCUGCACAAGGUAAAAUAUCAAGACAGCAUGUCUCACCUGGGUGAAUGUAAAUGGGCUCACGUGUUCCCUUUUCUGGUGGUCUCCCUGGUGUACUCUGCCAGCGCUGAAUACUCCAACUGCGGCGAGAACGAAUACUACAACCAGACCACGGGCAUGUGCCAUGACUGCCCCAAGUGCGAGCCGGGCGAAGAGCCUUACAUGACAUGUGGAUACGGCACCAAAGAUGAGGACUACGGCUGCAUCCCCUGCCCUUCGGAGAAGUUUUCCAGAGGAGGUUACCAGAUAUGCAGGCGGCACAAAGACUGCGAGGGUUUUUUUCGAGCCACAGUCAUGACACCUGGUGAUCAGGAGAAUGAUGCAGAGUGUGGUCCUUGUCUCCCAGGUUACUACAUGCUGGAAAACAGACCUCGCAACAUAUAUGGGAUGGUUUGUUACUCAUGUUUGCUGGCACCUCCUAACACCAAGGAAUGUGCAGGGGCUACCUCUGGUAUUUCAGCCAUUUUCCCAAGUACCUCUGGCACAAGCACUUUCUCGCCUUACCAGCAUGCUCACAAAGCAGAUCUUUCAGGACAAGGACAUUUGGCUACAGCUCUUAUAAUUGCAAUGUCUACCAUCUUCAUAAUGGCUAUUGCCAUUGUCCUCAUCAUCAUGUUUUACAUUGUAAAAACAAAACCUUCUGCUCAAGCCUGUUGCAAGAGCCAUUCAGUAAAAAAUGUUGAAGCUCAGGCUAACACACAAGAAGAGAAGAAAGAAGUACAAGAUAAUGUUGUGAUAUUUUCUGAGAAAGAAGAGUUUGAAAAACUCACAGCAACUCCAGCUAAGGCUGUUAAAAGUGAAAAUGAUGCAUCUUCUGAGAAUGAACGACUUUUAAGCCGUAGCAUGGACAGCGAUGAAGAAGCUGCAGUUGACAAGCAAGGGACUCCAGAGAGAUGCUUGUUAUCCUUAGUGCAUUUGGCCAGAGAUAAAUCUUCUACAAGCAAUAAAUCAACUGGGAUUCAAAGCCGAAGGAAAAAGAUACUUGAUGUGUACGCUAACGUAUGCGAUGUUGCAGAAGGUCUGAGCCCUACGGAGCUGCCAUUUGAUUGCCUGGAGAAAACCAGCCGAAUGCUCAGCUCAACCUACAACACAGAAAAAGCCAUAGUGAAAACGUGGCGCCACCUUGCCGAGAGCUUUGGACUGAAGAGGGAUGAGAUAGGUGGUAUGACAGAUGGCAUGCAACUAUUUGAUCGCAUCAGCACAGCGGGUUACAGCAUCCCAGAACUGCUAACCAAACUGGUGCAAAUCGAGCGGUUGGAUGCUGUUGAAUCCUUGUGUGCGGAUAUUCUGGAGUGGGCACAAGCAAUGCCUGCUCCUGAGCCAGCAGGGACAUCCUGACAUGCCUGCCUGGGACCCAUGCUUCCACAUCAACCACAAGAACCAUGAUUCCAGCAAGCACCAUGUCAAAGACUUUGGACAAAAGACCAUUGAUGUUUCUUCCACAUAAUCGCUCCCAGUAACCAACGGGAAGCUCUUCUCUUUUGACUUUUUAAAAAAGUGAAGUUACACAUCUACCAAAACAAGAGCAAGAAGCUUGGUAUGAAACAUGUCAUUAAACAAAAUGAUCACGUUAAACAGUUACUGAUAACGAGCGGACACACAAACAUCCAUUUUGCAGUCUGUGUAUAAGUGCAGAUAACCCUGCUGAUACCCUUCCCACCUGGCCUUCAAGAAAGGCAUGGAAUUGCUUUCUGAAAAUAUUCCUGUCUCUUAGAGCUUCAUUCAAUGGUUUAAUAGUCACAGUCAAAAGCAGUACCACAGCUACAGUAUCAAUACACAUUAGGCACACACAUUUCUAUUGGCUCUAACAUAUUUAACAUGUAACCAGGUUCCUUUUCUAUACUUCCUAUGGUUUUUUUGAAUCUAGAAGUAUGUGCAUAGGUGUAUAUACACAGUCCUCAGAUUAACUAACCAUACUAUAUGAAAAAAAAGAGUCAACAUAAUCUACAGAUUGAAGUGCUUCAAAACGCUGUACAUAAUGCACGUAAAUGAUCUCUUGGUCCAUACUGACAUUUCAGAAACUGUAAAUUCAAACUGCUGACUUGCUGAGGACAAGCUGGUUAGCAAGUGGGCAGUGAAAGUUAGCAGACACUCCCUGUAAGUUGAGAGCAGUAAAUUUUUCUCCUCUUCACCAUUACAAAAAAAAAAAAAAAAAAAGGCAACAAAACCAGAUUGUUCAGUACCAUGAAAAAUGUAUUUUUCCAGUAAUGGUAUCUACAUAUCAAAUUAUAUUCCAAAAAGAGGAAUUACAGACAACAGUGGUGCAUAUUUGAAACUAAGAGCAAAAAGGGUAGAUUUCUUUAGAGACACUUGAAAUGCAGAGGAAAAAGUGUUUUUUAGAUGUUAUACUCUUGUAAACACUGACCAUGAGCACAGAAUCCACAAGUGAAAAUGAAAUCCUCUGGAAGGUAAAGCAUUAUUUUGAGUUUGUGUACAACAGAAAUUAAACUUAUUUUUUUUUUCCUUUUAACUAAUCUCUGAUUUUCACAAUUGAAAGUUCUCUGAAACUUGCUCAGACUACAAAUCAGUAGCUGUUACCAAACCUAUUUGCUUGAUUUAUAGCUAAAAUGAGUGAUGACGGAUUUCAACAAGUGCAACCACUAAUUAAGAGACGUGUCAGUUACAAAGCAAUACUUGUUAAAUUCCAAAAUGCAUGACUGAACAAAAUGCUAUAAAAAAUAUUAACCAUUACCCUGAAGUUAACAACCAGUAUUCCAUCACUUAGUAACCAGAUCUUGUCUAUGAUGGUAUCAUACUUGCGUGGAACAUUUAGUAUCACCCUUUAACAUCUAUAUUUAGUACCUUUCCAGCACUUGAUUUGUACAGCAGAGGAAGCACAUACUGCAACAUAAAACCUGACCCACUCAUUCUUCUUCCACCAUUUCUUUCAUAUAUAACACCCUUUUCAUUAAUUUGGAUAUGCCAAAUUUGUUGAGAAUUUUUACUUUUAAUGAAGCAGCAAGCUGCACUUAUUUGAACAUUUAACUAGCGAACCGAUGUUUAAUUUAGGGUGCAAUUCCUGUUGUCUUGAAAUCAAUGACAAAUUCAUACAGAUUUCAACAGGCUUCAAUAAGAGUUCUAAAUCUGCUGACAACUCGGCAAACUUCAACAAGAUUUUCAAGACUGAAUUCGCAGUUUAGUACUAUUGCUAGUAGAAUAAAAAAGGGAAAGAAAAAAAAAAAGAAAACAUGAAGAUUCUAUUUUUCUUGUGCCAGUGUGUAACUACAGUGUUAUUCAGUGGACUGCCUCCUACACUUCACAUGUCAUUUAAUAGUACACAUCAUUUAUUUGUUUAAAAGAAGAUACAGGAAUCCUCUUUU